CAUUUGAAGAAAAUGCAUAACGUAGGUCAACUCAGUCAAUGUUCUUUCCUUAAGCGAAACGAACAUGAAGAUGUUCAGAUAUUACCAGGCAAUUGGAAGUUAAGAAUUCUGGUUGACUCUGCUAUCUUCUUCGGAUAAUCGUUGAAAUUUCUUUGACCGUUCGGCCAGAUGACUUAGCUUUGUGUUACACGCGUAAAUUGAACUAUAAAUAAAUAACCAAAUUCAAUCUUUAACAUCCACAACUUCCCAUUCCACUUGUCUCCAGUCAGAAUCGAAAUCCAACCCGCCACAAGCAAAAGAUUGUUAGCAACAUCAAGAUGGCAGUAAUGUUCUCAAAGUUAUUAACUGAACCCGAUGUCAAGAAAAACUUACCGAUCCCUUGUUGUUCUAUGGGACCAAGUAUACCGGAAGAAGGGGUUUUGUCCAUGAAUGCACUAGAUAAUGCUGGAAAAGCCUGGAGUUUCCCUUGCUCUGUUCACCAUGACGAGAGCACUGGAACUGUGGUUUCUGUUUGCUGGGACGAAUUUGUUCGCGAAAAAGGUGUCAGGGAAAAUGACAAGGUGGUCCUCAAGGAAAAAUCUAUGGCGGAGGGGACCACUUUUGUGGUUGAGGUGAAGAGAAAGAUCAGAUUGCUUGGUGAGGAUAUUUGGGCUGAUAUUUGAAGUAGGUGACUUAAGGUCCCAUGAUUCACCACGGUGGAAGUUUAUUGUUCUUUUGUGCUAAUCUAAAGUGUGUGAGUGAUGAAUUGUGAUGAUUAAAUUGUUUUAUUCAUUGACGUGUAUAAUUGAACGUGCCAACAACAAUAAAAUGUAUUAAAGUUC